AUGCCCUUUGGCGGUGGUAGUAUUACCACCUCUUCCGAUUCUCAGGAUAGUAGCAGUGUAGCCGCAUUCCCAUGGAGUCCAGAGGUUGGCAAUGCAGACCUCACACUCCAGAAUAUCAAUAAUGGAGGACUUCCGACCUUUGGUCUAUCAUCAUCGUUGGGAUGGAACGACAACUUUCUCACAGGGGACUACCCCUCAGAAUUUCCCAGCGAGCUGCUCUCCUUUUUUGCCCAAACACAGGAGCAGCAUAAUAUGUCGAAACCGCCUGCUCCUCAUAUGUCAGGCCCCGGUGAGCCACUAUCUCUUUCACAAAUGCCGCCGCUGCCUCCUUUAUCUGGGGCGCCAUCGUCCAUAGAGCUGUCUCCGAAUGGUGACUUUAGCUGCGAUGAUGAUUUCUUUGCAAACAACUUCCUUCCCGGCCCCAGCACAGUCGCCGAUAACAUCACAGAACUGUUCGAGGAAUUGUCUCAGAGGGUUCGUGAUUAUCCUAAGAAGAUUCUUCAGCGGGAUUUUUGGUCGCCGUUUAUCCACCAUAGCCUGUAUCGCUGCGCACAGGGAGGCAUGGCUGAGCCUUUGGGUAUAGCACUGGCUUGCGCCUCAGCGUACAACAGCUGCGUCGAGUCAAGUUCAAGCUUCAUUGACACCAUGAUAAAUACCCAGCGGGAGAAGCUGAUCCGAGAGUUCCACCUGUAUGUGGACCAGCCGGAAACAUGUCUCGCUGCUCUCCACGCCGUUAGCGUUUACCAAAUCCUCAGUUCCUUAGACGAUAGGAGCACAACAACAACAAUCGGUCCCGCUGAGACCGAUAGGCCACGGACGGAAUCAGGGCUGGCCGCCGAGUUUCAUAUUUCAUUUUUAUUAAAGAUGACCCGUCGACUGUGUAGCUUAUACAAACAAGCCGUCACCUCGGACACAGAGACUGACUGGAGUCGGUGGAGGUUCGCUGAAUCACUGCGACGAUGUAUCUUUUUCGUCAACUUAAUCAAUGUUCUAGCAGCAAGAUGCCGCAGAUUUCACUUCGAUUAUUUUGAACCAUUAGACGACGCCCUCAUCCUCCAGAUGCCCCUCCCCGCCACAGAGCAGGCGUGGAAGGCGAGUAAUGAGAUCCAGUGGCAGAUAUGCCGGGAUGAUACCCAGCUCGUACGCCCAGCCCCCACGCUGCAGAAGCUCAUGGAGAUAGACGAUGCAGGCAGGUUGGAUCGUGCCACCCUUACACCACUGACCAGAAUUAUCCUGGCUUGCGCAAGGGUAAAUCUAGAGGCUGAUUGGAGAGAUGUAUAG